GCAAUUAUAUUAUUUGCCGUUACUUGCCCCAUCGUACCAGAAAUGUAUGUUUCAAAAUAAUUUAAUUGUUGACAAUCUGGAAUUACAAACUAGGUAUUCCCCGUUGUGCAUUAAGUCCUAAAUCUAUUUUUCUUGGAUGUCUACCUACUACCUACCUACUAAAAUACUCCCAUGACACUAUAUUCAACUAUUCGUAGGUAAUGUCAACUCCACCGUCAAAUUCAAUGGCUAUUUGACAGUUCGAAAUUUCUUCCAUCUUCAGCCAUUCCGAAAAUAAAUUUCAGAUUGUACUUCAAUUGUUUUGAUUAAUUUAACAAAAUGGCAAGUGCAGUCGGCAAGGUACCUUCUCUAAUCAGUUCGGCAAUCGCACAGGCCCGUCCUAAAUUCAACAUCUUCAUGAAAUAUGCGCGAGUUGAACUAGCUCCCCCCAAACUGAGCGAAAUCCCACAAAUCAAAGCUGGCAUUGGCAAACUGCUGACAAGUGCUAAGACUGGUGCAUGGAAGGACCAGACUAUCAAACAGGCCACCCUGAACGCUCUUGUAGGAGCAGAAGUCAUCUUUUGGUUCUAUGUAGGAGAGUGCAUCGGCAAACGCCAUAUUGUUGGUUACGAUGUUUAGGUUCUGGUUGUAAGCACUAAUUAUGUAGAUAAUAUGUUCAGCAAAGUAAAUUAUUAAAACAUG